AUGGCAGAGGUGAACAUGACCCAAGCGGCGGGAGAGCGUCAAUCGCAGUCACAAUCGCAAAACACUUCACUCACGUCCCUCCCACCACAGCCUGGCACCAGAAUCUCACGCUUCGAACAAGUCGUUGCCAACAAUGAGCCAGUCCUCGAGUCUCUGGUCGCACAAUUACCUACCGAAUCGAUAUUGAACCUCUACCAUUCCUCGCGCUUCCUCAAAUCUCUAUUCCAACAGUCACCAAUAUCGUGGAAAUACAUGUCAUGGCGCCUACAUCAGCCCUCUCCCACCCCAGCCCAUACACCGCCUGCGACCGCAGGUUCGCAGUCACGGCAAUCAAGCAACUAUGCCCUCGACCAACUGCUGAUUACCCGUUUGACCAGCCUCGUCCUUGAUAAUACUGCUGUCAGUGGUGCAACUCUUUUUCAAACCGUCAUGAUACUACGCAAAGACACUUUGGAGCACGUUUCUGUGCGAGGGUGCAAAAAUGUCUCAUUGAAGUACCACAUCAACCCGUGGUUGACCAUGCACGCUAUGGCCAUGCAGCAGCCCCGGAGUGCAAAACCUCCCGAGCUGCAGAAACUGGCCCUCAAGAGCUUGUACACUUACCGUUGUCGACACCAUCGGAGGAGGCCUUACCUGCCGAGCAGUCUUAAUCGAAAAGAGAGUGACAGCGAACCUACACAUGAACUGGUUCUGACUUGUCACAAGCUUGGUAUAUGGACCGAUACUGCCUGGUGCACCACCCCAGGCGCAAGGUGCUUCAGAAGGCGUGGUUACGUAACCAUGAGGGUUCAGCAGGAUCCUCGCGAGGUCUGGGUCGUUUAUGACAGGCUAUGGCGGAGUCGAAAUUGGUUAGGCUCUGCUCCUGGCACCAUGCCAACUACAAGACCCAGAAAGCGCAAGCGCGAUGGUCGAGCCUGGGAAGAAGAAAUUGCUGUCAACGGUGAGCCUGUCGGUUUGGCUCCAGAAGGAAAGGAUGUACCUGUUCACCUGCGUCGCUCACAUUACCAAUUUGUCGAAAAUAUUCACUGUUCGAAUUGUGCAACCGAAAUCCUGGAGCGUUGCGAGCAAUGUUCGGUCAUGAUGCAUUGUUCAGGCUGCCGCAAGACUCUGUGUGCGAGUUGCGCCUUCGACCGACCUUAUCUCAGAAAUCAAAACGCUACCGAGGAAGAAAAGAGAAAGUUCUGGUGGGCCCCGGGUUGCGCUGUUUCUCCUUGCUCGAUGCAGGACACUGAUCCAGCCGCUCCUGGUGCUCCUAAUCAGCAGAACACUUUGCCCAACACCAAAUUUAAAUGGUGCUGUACCGAGCCCGUGUUUUCAGGUGGGGGAGGAAUCACGUUCGGAACUGCACCACAGAAUCAGGAUGUAGACAGAUUACGUGCUGCACCUUUACCUCCAAACAACGGUUACGAGGACACAGAAUUUUCAUUUAACGAAUUUGGCGACAGUACAGAACUCAUAGGUUCUCCUUUAGUCAGGUCCAACGUCACUGGUCCAGGUGGCAGAUGGGCCUCGCUAGCAGACAUGUUCUUGCAUGGAGCACAGGUCGGAAUGCAUGAGGACAACGAUAGCAUACCUCGCAUGCUGUGUGACUCUUGCUACAACUCGGAUCAAUGGAAGAUCAAGUGCAAGGCGUGUGCUGUGCCUUUAUGUCUGAAGCACGACGUGAAGGAGAAGCAGCGCGUGCGCAUAUGUGGCUACAAAGAGUUGGGCGUGGAAAAACAAGAGCUGAUUGCACGAUUAAAGGCCACCAAGCUGUUCAAAACCCUUUGGCUGAAGAGGAAAGAGCAGCAAAAACAGGAGGCUAACAAGCAGCGCAAAUCUGAAGCACAGCGAAUCAUGGAGGAAGCGCAGCUCGCUUUGGCGGCCAACGUGCUACUCGAAGAGACGCGACCAAAGGUCAAUGGAAUACCACAACUUUCGCCAAGCCUGUUUCCACUGGAUCGACCUGUCACCUCGACCCUUCCUAUUCGAGUUGCCGAGCAAGCCUUGAACCCAGAGGUCGAGCCUAUUGGGAGACCGCUUUCGCCAGGCUCCAACAGUACAGGACCGUUGAGUAGGGCCUCGUCUCCUGCUCCAUCAGCUAGAUCUGCUACUGGAACUCCAGAGCCUAGCAAGGCCGCUGAAAGUACGGAGCAGCAACAGAUCUUGCCUAGCGAUUGGAAGGGCUGUCAAGCAUUCUUUUGCGCUUCGACCCGUUCACAAGGCGACCACCGUCGACGGUGUAGCGCAGUCAUGCGGCAGUGUCAAGAUUGCAAAGUGUUUGUUUGUGAUGACUGUGUGACUGGAUUUGACAAGUCCUGUCCCUGUAGUGGUUGCCGCUUGCCCGAGGGUGAGACCGAUUCCAUCAGUGGAGGAACAGCUGCUUUCUAUUGUCCGAAUUGUCGCCAUGACCGAAUCGUAUCGCGGAAAUGUAAACGACAUCUAACGUGUCUGAGCAGGAGCAAGAUGGCACGUGUGCAGAAGGAAAGAAAGCAUAGACAAAGGCAAAAGAUGACUCCGGAGCAAAGAAUCGGCCAUAUUGCAGACGUUCUGCUUGACCAGCCACAUCUUGGCGGCUUCGGCGAUGCUGACUUUACAUUAGACACGUUCUACAACAGCAUUGACCAAGAGCUGCAAGAAUUACAAGAAAUCAGCCUCUCAGCUGUGAACGUUGUGAGGAGGGUGCAAAAUCUGAGAUCGCAAGCUCCUCCUGGGUCACCAGCCGCGCUAGCACUGCCAAAUAUUAUCAUCGAGGGUAUGGAGUCAGAUUCUUCGAAUGCUCAGGAGUAA